ACAGGCCACCAAACGCAAAUUCCAUGACUGGUUUCCUAGGAAAACGUUACUAGCAACAAUCUUUUAUGACGUCAAAGCAGAGCGCAAAUACAGCUUUAGUGUUCUAGCGCAUUGGAUGCGUAAGAAGUUCCAGCUCUCCAACAUUCCGGCAUGCCCUAGUCAUCUAAAGGGCAAUGGCGUCUGGUUGUGAGGUCGCGUCUGAGGAGCAAAUCAAAUACGCAAACAGGAUUUUAAAAGCCGUCAAAUAUAUUUACCCAGAAGAGAAUGUGAUUGGAGAAGCUAUUGAGAAACCAGACUCUACUGCCAGCUAUGCCACCUUGCUGGAGAAGGCUGAGAGGUUGUUGAGAUUCGGGGAGAAGACAGGUGACUAUCAGGCCCGGUUUCUUCUGGGACUUGUCCACUUUGAAAAGCAUCACUAUGCAGAGGCACUUACAGCCUUCAACUCCAUCAAAGAUCAAGACCCACGAGCCCUCUAUCAGCUUGGAGUCAUGCACUUCGAUGGCCUGGGGACCCCUGCAGAUCUGACUUUGGCUGUGGAGUACAUGAACAGAGUUGCCCAGUCAGACAGCCCUCAAGCAGGCCAGAUCAAACAUGCUGCACUCUACAACAUUGGCCAGGCUCACAUGGAAGGGUAUGGAGUCCCUGCCUCCAGUGUUGAGGCAGAGAGAUACUGGUUGGAAGCAGCUGCAGAUGGAAGCCCUAAUGCCAGCGUCAAAGCUCAGACUGCCCUUGGGAUGUUCUACUCCAAGCCAGAGACGCUGGACCUCACCAAGGCAUUUUCCUGGCACUUCGAGGCCUGUGGCAACGGCAGUCUGGAGUCCCAGGGUGCCCUGGGCAUCAUGUACCUUCACGGACAAGGCAUACGCAAGGACAUGGAGUCUGGCCUGUACUGCCUGAGGGGGGCAGCAGAGCGGGGCAACGUGUACGCACAAGGGCACCUGGUGGCACUCUACUACCACAGGAAGAUCUUCUCCAAGGCUGUGGCCCUUGCCAAGAGGAUCUCUGAAUACAACGACAUCCAGGCCAUCGCCAGGGAAACCGGAUGCGUGGCGGAGUUUGUCACUAAGGGCAUCGCCAUCGCCCUCUUCUAUUAUGCCCGCUGUCUGCAAACUGGGCACGGUGUCAAGCAGGACGAGACACGAGCCGAGACCUUUUUUUCUAAGGCAGUGGAGCUGGACACUGAAGUGUGUAAAGAGCUGCAGUUGGACAUCGCCAUGGGGAAACUAUAAGCACCGUACCAGCCUAAUGCCACCUCACCAUGCCCCCCCAUUCAGCUUCUUCACGUCACUGACCCUGGCUCCUCAUAUUCCUCCUCAGCAUUUUCAUUACUGUGCCAGUAAACAAGAAAACAAACACCAAACUCAACAAAUCUGAGUGUCGUCUGGGAGAGUGAGUGUGUGAGUUUGUGUGAGUGAGUGUGUUAAGUAUUGAGUGAGUCUGUGAGAAGAGUGUGUUAAUUAGUAAGUGAGUCUGGGAGAGAGUGAGUGUGUUAAGUAGUGAGUGUCGUCUGGGAGAGUGUUUUUAAGCCAGAUCUGCUGAGGAACCAUUUUAAACGUACAUCGUUUUUGCAAAGACCACAUGAGGAGAGUAAGAUUAAGAGUGAGUGGAGUGGCUGAAUAAGACUGGAUGAUUAUACAUGCAUGGGAGGUGGCAGGUCUGUAAAAUCAAUGUCCUUGCAGAAAUUCAUGAUUGAUGAAAUUCUCUCAGAAAUAAACAAAUAGGAAACAAAUAGACAGUACAGUGGUCGUUCUAAACAAAAACAACAGACGUUGAUAGUUUUGCAGUUUAUUGCUUACAAAUGCUCUAAACUAGUUUUGGUAAAAAUAAAAAUCUAUCAUAAUAAUAUCACAAAUAAAAUUGUCACAAUAACUUGACAUGACAUAUUGCACAAUAAAAAGCCUUCAGAAUGAA